AUGCCCCAAGCGCAGCCUGAGCUCAAGAAGUAUCUUGACAAGCGCGUCGAAGUACAGUUGAAUGGCUCCCGCAAAGUGAUGGGCACACUGCGCGGCUACGAUGUAUUUCUAAAUAUCGUCCUGGAUGAGGCAACAGAGUCGAAACCGAACAACGAGAAAGUCCGCCUCGGCAUGUGCGUCAUUCGUGGGAACUCGGUCGUGAUGAUGGAGGCAUUGGACAGAAUUGGCGGGGAGGACCGAGGACCGCGAUGAGCCUGAAUGUAGGCAGGACUUCUUGGAACGCAAAAUGCGAUGAGAGGAUUUCCAGGAUCCGCAGCAAGGCUAUUGGUCAUUUGCAGGACAUGACGGAAGGCUACAAUGUCGACCCGGUUGCGCGGAGACCUAUGGCACGGUAGUGUGCUUGCGGCGUAAGAUGGCGCGUGAUAGGCGUGCGGAACUCUGCGGAA